CUAUCUCGGUGAUACUAAUAUCUUAAUACUUUUUGAUAUAGUUAGAUUAUUUCACAAUCUCCGCAUGCUUUUCCGCCCUUGGCAGAUUGAAUUAUCUUUUGAGAAUUAUCGGAACAUACUUGCAAUUGGAACUUCAACGCCUUAUCCUUCUCUUUAGAAUUGUACCGACAUACGUUCUCUCUCCGGAUGAUAUUCCGUUGUCGUCGUCGAGGUGAUUCGUGCUAUUUGAUGACUAAUGAUUAUAACUACUGUGUAGGGUAGAUUAAUUUACAAAAGUUAUAUAAUUGACGUUUAUUGCCAUUUAGGUUGUGUUUAUUAUAGUAGUGGAUUAUUAUGUUCAAAACGUGGACCGAGGAUACAGUGGUAGCUGACGACAUCUCUCAGAAAUAUGUUGAAACUGUAUCGUCAACUUUUUUCUUAAUUCGUGAUGAUUGUUAAGUUGGUCAGUUUGAUUUCGGGUUUUUGCUAAAUUAGCAUCCACGUAAUUUGUAAUUGCGGAUUUCGCAGUCCGCUAAACUUUCUCCGUUUUCAGAUUAAUCUAAUUUUUAUGUUUUACGCAGUUGUUAUGCAAUGUUUGCCGAUCCUCGCGCAAAUCUCUGCUUCGUGUAUUAUUGGCUCGCGAGUUUUCGUAGCAGGUGACACGACGAGCUUACCUCUGAAGGGAAUGUUUUCUAUUAUUGAGGCCACUUCAAUCAUAUAAACUGUAUAUUGUUAUGUUGUUUUAAUUGUCAACUAGAGAAUUAAUCUCCUUUUCGUACAAAACUGAUCGUAAGGAAGUUGACCCAACUUUUGCUUUUGUGCAACUAAGUUUGCAAGGUGUCGACAUCGAUUGAAAAUAUCCGAUCACCAGUCCAAUCAAAUUUUCUAUUUAACCGUUGAAAACGCGCGCGUCUUUGAAACCGUUUUAACUAGGAUAUAACACCUAGUUACGCAUACGCGAGAACCGAUGGGAUAAAAAUAAACUUUAAAAUCGACGCACCGCGUGCGUACACCUUUAUGCAGAUGUCUUUUCGAGUUUGAGUGGUCAAAAAAAUUGAGUGCAAAAUAUUCCGGAUUACACUUUGGGGAAAGUUACAAAGUUGCAACACAGUUCGAACUAUGCACGAUGAAUCUAGGAGUUUUAUAUCAAGGUGGUUGCGAAUUGUCGUUGUACGAAGUUAUUUGGAAAGGGAUUCAUUGGUCAGUAGUGCUCAAAAACAGUAUCAAGUCAGUGGAAAAAAUAUACUAGUCGUCGAUCCUGGUCCAAGCCUUGUUUCAAAAAUCUUCUGCCAUAUAUCCGAGGUCUACAGCUUCAAGAAAUAUCACUAUCCAAAAGUAACGCAAAGCGUACUGACGGACGAGAGAUUGAAAGAAGCAAUAAAACAAGCUGCAGAUGAAUCUGUAAAAGAUGAUGGAUGUGACAUGUUGUCAGCUUUGGCAAAGGCAGAGGCAAGAGCCAAGACUAUACUUUUACAAAUGCAGAGCAGUCUCAGCGACGCUCUGUUGAGGCUAACCGCAUGGAUACUCUACAAACUAUUGCCAUGUUUCAUCCAAUCGGCUGUAGUGCAACCGACUCAAAUCGAAAUGCUAAAAAGAGCUAAUGACAGUGGAUUACCUCUUAUAUUUUUACCCUUGCACAGGAGUCAUCUUGAUUACGUCAUGAUUAGCUUUAUACUACUCAGUAACAACGUCAGGAAUCCACUAAUUGCUGCUGGAGAUAAUCUGAAAAUACCAUUCUUUGGGUGGCUACUCAGUGGGUUAGGCGCAUUUUAUAUCAAAAGAAGAAUAGAUCCGAUAUUAGGACGCAAAGAUAUGCUUUAUAGAGCAGUUCUCCAUACCUACCUUGUCGAGAGCUUGAGAGCUGGGCACAAUAUUGAAUUCUUUAUCGAGGGAGGUCGCACGAGAACGGGAAAACCCUGUAUGCCAAAGGUUGGCAUUCUUAGUGUUAUUCUCGACGCUUAUAUGGAUGGAACCAUCGAAGAUGCGUUGAUAGUCCCGGUGUCUAUGAACUACGAACGUCUGGUCGAUGGCAAUUUUGUCAGGGAACAACUAGGCCAGCCAAAAAAAAUGGAAACUUUUGGAACCGCGAUCGGUGCUUUGUGGUCUACGUUAAUGGGCAAUUAUGGAAUAGUUAAGGUCGACUUCAGUCAACCUUUCUCACUCAGGGAGAUGCUCAGAUCUUUUCAAUCGCAGCAAAACAAACUGACGGUUCAGUCGAUAGGGAGACCCUUAAAAUCUACAGUCUCUAGUUCCUCGCUUUACGGGACUGAUGUUGUUGCAGAAGAACAUCGUCAACUGGUCGAUAACAUCGCAAAACACGUUAUACAUGAUUGCGCCAAAUCGACUCCGAUAAUGUCAACUAACGUAGUGGCCUUUUUAUUACUAAAUAAAUUCAGAGAUGGCUGCACUCUGGACAUGCUCGUCGAAUCUUUUGACUCGAGUAGGCAGGAGCUAGAAUGGAGACGGAAAAAUAUUGCCUUCUGCGGCGAAAGCAUCGACAUUAUUAAUCACGCGCUCAGUAUAUUAGGACCUGGCCUAGUCAAACAACAAAGACAAGAAGUUAUAGACACGGUUGAAGGGCAGCCAAUUAGAACCAAAGUUAUUACUGCAAUUAGGCCAGUAUCCAUUCUGCCAAAUGUCAUUGAACUAUCUUAUUACAGCAACAGUAUGCUGUCGCAUUACGUGUUAGACAGUGUUGUGGUUACCGCGCUCUAUGGAAUUCUCCAGACCGAAAUAAGUGACCCUCAGGCGAUAGCGAAUAAUGACAUUACCGUUCAACAAGAUGCUAUUGUUGAAAAGGCUUUGAAAGUUUGUGAUAUUUUAAAGUAUGAAUUUAUUUUCUGCCGACCCUGCCAGAAUCUGGAAAAUGUCAUAAUAGAUACGAUAAACUCUAUGGACAUAAUUACACUGCAAGAAGAGGCAUAUCUGGAAGAGGAACUCUGGAGUAUGAGAUUUGCACAAACCUUCCUCGACAGCUCCGACGAAGAAUACUCGACGAACUAUCGAACAAAACCCAUUGAAUACAAAUUGAAUUUGGACCCUGACUGCUCAAGGCGGAUGGAAUUUCUUCAUACAUUAUUACGCCCGUUCAUAGAUACCUAUACAAUAAGUGCCUUUACUUUACGAAAGCUCGUAGGGAGGUCUCUAACGGAAAAAGAUUUACUCUACGAAGUACUUGGCGAGAUAAAGACGAGUCUAGAUCGUGGAGUAGUGAAUUACGGUGAAAGUCUUUGUGUGGAUCCGAUAAAAAAUUCGUUUAAAUUAUUCGAAAAGUGGGAUGUUUUGGAGUGUCAUCCUCAAGAAAAUGUAAAAAUAUUUUACCUCAAAGAAGAUUACGACAACGAUAAGGCAGCAAACCAAAUAUAUGAAAGUGUCGCAGCUUUUAAGUGGACUAGAAAUAUCGAGUAGCUAAUAAUCGGUACAUUAAAAGUUUAAGACAAAAAAACAAAACAGUAAGGUGAUAUGAUAAGCAUUGUAUAAUUCUAUUAUUCCUCUCUGAUCUAAUAGUUUUACUCUGUCAUUGGAGUUCUGUGUACCUUCAGUGGCUUAUUAAAAUUUUGAUCACCCAUCAAUCGUAAGUGAAUUCUGUUUAUUUUAAUACACUCGUGACGCACAGAUUUUUUUUUCACUCGCGCUUGUGAUUCUUCCAAUCGGAUAAAUGAAUGGAUGCGAUAUCGUUAUCGAUCGAAUAAAAAACUAAAAUGAGAAUUGGAAUCUUUGCAGUGUUAGCGAUUGAGUGGACGGUCUUUUGCACUCCGCUGCGUACUUAAAUUCAAAGACGGAGUCGCAUCGAUUAUCGUAACCAGUCAUUAAUCAUCAUUUGUCUUGUGAUUGUGUAAUGAAAAGCGGACUAAAUAAUAUGCAGGUUAUUAAUUUCCUUAACAAUGGUCAAGGCGGUUAUUUGUUCAGCUUUUAUUUAUUUAUUUCCUUUUUUUUCUAUCAAAGCCCCAGGUUUACUUUAUAAGUAUACCUAAAAUAACAAGAAAUCCGGGAUCACUCGAGUCGCAGGUUGACAAUUAUUAGCGCAAAAAAAAAAAAAAAAACGAUACAAUAUUCAUGAGAAAUGUGGAUUUGCUGAAAUUUCUCUUCCGGCAUCUAGUUGCCUAAAAAUCGUUGCACGAUUCCUGUUUAUUGGGCGUCACGCUGUAGAGUUAAGUAAAUGACUAGAUUGAAUAUUGCUGUUGCUCAAGUUAUAAAUCGUUUAUUAUAGUUAGCAUAAAUAUUUUCAGAUAGCUGAGAUUUUUCAUUAUCCGCUUCACGAGAAUAAAGGGAAUGAAAUUCACUUUCAAUUGGAAGCAAAGAAGAAAGGAGAAGAAAGGGUGAAUGAAUAUCCUCUUUUAUUCCUACAUUGUAUGUAUACACACAAAUGUGUACAUACGAUAUACAUGAGCUUUCUUCUUUUGACUUGGAAACAAGUUUGUUUAUCCACGAAAAGAGUCUAUGUUACAAUAAAUUUUUUUACCGACAAUACGCACAGAUCUGUGAAGUAGAUCGUAAGAAUCUACCUUUAUGCUUCUCACCCUCAUCGUUUAACCAAGUGAAUAUGAUACCGUUUCAAAGUUGAUAGACAGUUUUCCGUCUGAACGAUGAAAUACAAUAUUUUUCAAAGCCGAUUUCUACAAUUGUGAUAAGAUCUGCGAUAUCUGAUGUUAUUGUAUUAUAGUUAGCACGAUAUUACCCCAAUGCACGACUAGCGUUAAUUAUUGAAUAUUAUUAAGGAUAAAGAGAAUAGAGAUAAUUGAAGAAAAAAAAAUUAAAGUCACCAUAUCAUACAUGCCUAUUGAGUAAUUUUGUUAUCAGUGUUUCACGACUUUCAGAAGAAUUGAAUAAAUUUGUUAUCGAAAUAUCAAAUACACCAA